AUGGCCAACAACACUUGUAUGCAGAAUGCAUCCUGUCGAAUGGUGUUCUUACUUUCAAGCAUAUACAACAGUCUGUUGCCGGAUGAGCUGGCUCGGCUGCAUCGCCUUCCCACAUACCACCUGAAGCACUUGACGUGGGUCCAGAGCCAAGGCCUACCAGCGGGUUCUGGCCGAGUUGUCGGCACUCGUGAAUGCUGGUGGCCGACCGCACCGACCAAUCGGGAGGUGGGUGAUAAAAGGGGAAAUUAG